CAAUCAGCGAAGAGGUUUUUAAUCGUUGCCAGUGACCAAUGUAUACAAUUUAGCAACCAGGAACUGUCGGGGUCAAGACGUAAACUAUUUCAGAAAAAAUGCUUUCCAUCCGUGCACACAGACACCAAACACGAAAUUCGACCCGGAUUCAUGUCGAGUAAUCAUAUAACCCCGGUGGUUAUCGUCAUAUGUCGCCAUGUAUCUCGGGGACGGGAUGCUGUUUGUACUAGACAAAGGAAAACCCAGGUUGGUUGUGCUCAGUCAAGAUGUUGAGAGGAAUCCAGGAAAGCAUCCCUUAAGGCCCCGCGUGGGCAGCAUCCUGGGCUCCAGACAGCCGCCCUGCACGGUCAAGGAGACGCCCUCACGUCCUACCAGGCUGCGCACGGGCCAGCUCACAGCGGGUGUUAAGAACAAGAUCGGAGAAGGAGCUUCCACCGUUAAGUCCAGUGCAGCGGCCGAGCGAGGGCGAGCCGGUCAGACGGCCUCCAAAGCACGGGAGCCUCACACAGCAGGGGGCGGAGCCAAAGCUUCACCAAAGGUGAAGUCAGACAGGCACAAAUGCAGCUCCUCCACAGGACCCCUGACAGCAAGUGGUACCACCUGGAGGACGCAAGGCGGCUUUAAGGCAGGACCGAAGCACUCGCAGGCUGCUGACGACGAAAGACCGAGAGACGCAGUGGUGUGUCUGAACAACAAGCAUGCGCGACUGAACGGCAUCCAAACCUCCAGCCACGACCAACACACUGUAGAGGAGCACAAGGUCCUCGGUCGUGACGGACAUCAAGGAGGACAAGAGAUAGGCGAGGACAGAGUAGGACAGGAUGGAACAAAGGGAGAAGAUGCAACUUUAAUAUCACCACCAUGUGACAACAGGUCCAAUGGAGGUCUGUUCAGCGAGCUGGAGAAGCCUGAGGUCCACACCAAAACAUCUGUGGAAGCAAAGAAGACUCAGAGGAGGCACGAACCAAAUGAACAGGUGGCCCAGACGCAGCAGCAACCUUUGACCUCCGUCAGGCUGCAGUUGAAGGAGGACAUAGGAAGUGUUGAGAUGGUUGGUCGCCACAGAGAGCAGCCUUUAGCCAUCAGGUCCAGCCUCAAACUCGGGGCGGUGACUCCCAUGGAGGAGGGCCUGGUGGGUGAGAGGAGAGAAGAGCAGAGGAGGCGCUGGCUGGAGGAGCUGGACCAACAGAGAGAGGAGACCAGCCAGCGCAAGAGACAAGAGAAGCUGCUGCGAAAUCAGAAUGAAGAUCACAACCUCUGGGAAGCACACUUUGACUCAAUGCAAAGGAAACCCUCUGCAGCCACUCCAGCCACGCCCCCUGCCCCCAUCGGUGUUUCCAAGCAAAGGGAAAGGGAGCCCUCCUCCAACUUGUCUUCGGCGGGGGACGCCUCAAGUAGCUGCGGUGCACACAAUGUAGGCCGAGUCAGUGUGGACCCCAGUAGCAAGAUCCCGACCAAAAGCAGCUAUCUGAGGAGCAUGACGGCCCUGCUGGACCCAGUCCAGAUAGAGGAGAGGGAGAAGAAGAGGCUCAAACAGAUGGAGCAGCAAAAAGCAAUAGAAGCCCAGCUGGAGGAGCGUCGCCAGCAGAGAGCGCUAGAGGAGGCCAGGAGGAAGGCUGAGGAGCAGGAGGACGAGAAGCGAGUGAUGACGGAGUGGAACAUGCUGCACACAAAGUAUCAGGAGGACACAAACCAGGAGCUGCAAAAGAAGCUUGGUGGUGAUGGAGUGAAGCUCAGUGUUUUUCCCCAAGAUGACAGAUUGGAGGAGAAGAAAGACACAGUCGCACAGACAAACAAUGUAGACCAAGGCGGUGUGGAUCCCAGUAGCAGAAUCCCAACCAAAAGCAGCUAUCUGAGAAGCAUGACGGCCCUGCUGGACCCAGUCCAGAUAGAGGAGAGGGAGAAGAAGAGGCUCAAACAGCUGGAGCAGCAAAAAGCAAUAGAGGCUCAGCUGGAGGAGCGUCGCCAGCAGAGAGCGCUAGAGGAGGCCAGGAGGAAGGCUGAGGAGCAGGAGGAUGAGAAGCGAGUGAUGACGGAGUGGAACAUGCUGCACACAAAGUAUCAGGAGGACACAAACCAGGAGCAGCCAAAGAGGCACGAGGAAGGAGCGAAUGAGUCAUCAGAGCUCAGUGAUGGCAGAUUGGAGGAGAAGAAAGAAACCGUUGUACGGACAGAAGCACCUUCUCCUCUCAGAGAAGACCGUGUUCACACUGCAUCAAACUGCAAGAAGCAAGGAGGCGGCGGCCAUGACAAAAUGCGUGUGCCCGAAGGAGGAGGCAAAGAUUCAUAUGAAGAUUUUGCUCAGACAGACAGGAAGAAGGAGAAGAAGAGAAGGCCUCAGUGGAACACGCACAGGCCCAGCCAGCCUUUUGUUCCUGCCUCAGAGCGCUACCCGGUCCCGCUGCAAAGGAGCCGCCAGGAGAGUCGACUGCGGAGGCAGGAGGAGCUUCUCACUCAGCAGGAGAGGAACUGCCUGUCCAGGAAUGGGCCUCCUGCACCUCCUCCCCCUCACCACCAGGGGGCCCGUCCCUCUUCCAAAGCGUCCCAGUCUAAAAGCAGCAAGGCGCAGUCCAACAGUCGGAUCGUCUCCGCGGCGACCAGCACUGAGAAGGGGCGCUCCUCUCCCGCCACGCCGCACACUCAGCCGCCCGUCCUUGACUUCAUCCCGUACGUCCGCACCGACGAAGUCAUCAACCCCGACCCGGCCGACGCACACGCUCCACACACGGGUCCUCCUCCGUCCGACGCUUCCCACGGAGACCACCGAAAAACACAGCGACAGCAGGAGAUCCUGAGGGGACUGGCUCAGCUGCGCCAGGGUUUGCUCCAGAAGCAGAGGGAGUUGGAGACGGACUUGAGGCGCCAUGACGACCAGCACCUGUUGCCCUCGACGACACAGCGACAAGAUGAACACUAGUUGGCUCCCACUGAAGACAACACAUCAAGGAGUGUGUGUGCCCAACUUGUCACUUAUUAUUUAGUGCACUCUCAGCUAGAGAUGUCCGAUAAUAUCGGCCUGCCGAUAUUAUUGGGCGAUAAAUGCUUUAAAAAGUAAUAUCGGAAAUUAUCGGUAUCGUUUUUUUUUUAAGUUUUUUUUUAUUAAAUCAACAAAAAAACACAAGAUACACUUACAAUUACUGCAACAACCCAAAAAACCUCCCUCCCCCAUUUACACUCAUUCACACAAAAGGGUUGUUUCUUUCUGUUAUUAAUAUUUCUGGUUCCUACAUUAUAUAUCAAUAUAUAUCAAUACAGUCUGCAAGGGAUACAGUCCGUAAGCACACAUGAUUGUGCGUGCUGCUGGUCCACUAAUAGUACUAACCUUUAACACUUAAUUUUGCUCAUUUUCAUUCAUUACUAGUUUCUAUGUAACUGUUUUUAUAUUGUUUUACUUUCUUUUUAAUUCAAGAAAAUGUUUUUAAUUUAUUUAUCUUAUUUUAUUAUUUUUAUUAAAAAGGACCUUAUCUUCACCAUACCUGGUUGUCCAAAUUAGGCAUAAUAAUGUGUUGAUUCCACGACUGUAUAGAUCGAUAUCGGUAAUUAAGAGUUGGACAAUAUCGGAAUAUCGGAUAUUGGCAAAAGCCAUUAUCGGACAUCCCUACUCUCAGCUUAAUAAUACACCAAUAAAGCGUAUGGUCUUUUCCUGCCUUUUAUUCCCGCUCUUACCGUAUUUUCCGCACUAUAAAGCGCACCGGAUUAUAAGGCGCACCUUCAACGAAUGGCCUAUUUUAAAACUUUGUUCAUAUAUAAGGCGCACCGCAUUAUAAGGCGCAUAGUAUAGACGCUACAGUAGAGGCUGGGGUUACGUUAUGCAUCCCGUGGUUGCGAGACCUGUUGUGGCUCAAUAUUGGUCCAUAUAUAAGGCGCACCGGAUUAUAAGGCGCACUGUCAGCUUUUGAGAAAAUUGGAGGUUUUUAGGUGCGCCUUAUAGUGCGGAAAAUAUGGUACUUCUUCCGCUUCCCGGUGUCCAACACACAACACAUGUCCUCAUAUCCUGUGUCCCCCGCCCUUAAGUUCCCCCUACAAUGGUUCCGGUAUUGUCCUGUGACCCGAGUAACCAAUACACGACAGAGUGGACACAAGUUUUAGUUGGCCCAUCAUUUUAGCUGCAUAUUUAAAAUGUUAUAAUGAAUUCAUCAUUGGAAAUAAAAUUUUCUUUGACGCCUACAAUGCAAUUCGAAAGAUUUAGCAGAUAGCUUAGCAUUGUGCCUCCAACGCAAUGCUAAGCUAUCUGCUAAAUCUUAGCAUUGGACUAAGAUUUAGCAACA